AUGUCACAUGUAUGUCACGGUUUUAUUAAUGAAAUAGUCUGGUAAGAGUCAUGAUCAAAAGUGAAUGUUUAAAUCAAGAAUGUGUAAGUUUAGAAAUUUAUCUCGGAACUGUUUACCCCUCUGGCGCACAUUCCGUCUUAUUUUGGUAUUUGAGUCGAGCAGGGACAGUUUGGAAGAGAUCCAGUUGUGCGCGCGCGCACUGCGGUAUUGAUCGUGAAAUUUGAAAAUCGAAAAACAACGCACAACAUAAAUCGCGGGUGAAAAAAUGACCCAACGGUGUUUGAGGGUUGAUUGAAAUCGCGUGAGAAAUUUUUCACUCAAUUUUUAGUGCGUGACUAUUUGUGACUGUGCUGAAAAUCGUUUGUUAGUACAAUUGUAGUUUUUUUGGUAAAUUGGAUUAAAGGUAAACCUUGCUAUAUGAAUUCGUGUGCACGUGAACCAAUUAUUUAUCGGAAUGUGUUUAAUUGGUUAUUCGAAACGAGCUGACAUUUUCCGUGGAAUUUAACGUGAAAUAACAAUGUUUCGCAACUUGAAAGCUUGUUCUAGAAUGCGAAGGAAAUAAUGAAGACGUUAAUAAAACGGUGAACAACUCCAGAUGUGAUAGAUAAUGGCUAUGGUGAAUAAAGGAAGGAUUAAUCAUAAAAAACCGCGUUCAAAAGUGACUCACUCGCGUCGCUGUAAAACGAAAUCACCAAACAAACUAUAAACCAAAGAGUAUAUUUUAAGCAGUGCAAUGAGAACAAAUCGGUGGACUUAACCAAAAUGGCCGCUCGGCACGCGACUCCGUUUAUAAGCCACAGUUUGUUUAUUUAUAUAGCCCUCUCGCUCUUAUUGCCGAUGGCUAACGAAGGGGCGACAGUGUACGAAGAUCCUCGGACGUUUUCUAAAGAUGAAAAGCGGUUGUCCAGGGAAUAUCAUUUGCGGCAAGGCGCUUUGAGAGGGCUGAUAGUAAAGCCUGGGAAGAAUUAUGAUCUUCAGCCAGUGGAAAUGUUUCUAGGGAUUCCGUAUGCAGCGCCACCAGUUGGGAACCUGCGCUUUAUGCCACCAGUCACUGCUCCGCUCUGGCAAGGGGUACGGAUGGCGACCCGGUUCGCGCCCGUGUGCCCACAAUCUCUGCCUGUUAUCAAGAAAGGAAACCCACCAUCCAUGGGCAGGCAGCAUUACCUCAACCGACUGAAACCAUUCCUAGCUCAAGAGUCCGAAGACUGUUUGUAUCUCAACAUCUACGUACCUUAUAGAGAACACAAAUCCAAGAAGUUUCCAGUGCUGGUGUUCAUUCACGGCGACUCGUUCGAGUGGAGUUCUGGCAACCCUUACGACGGCAGGGUGCUGUCUUCUUAUGGUAAUGUCAUGGUGGUGACUGUCAACUUCAGGCUUGGUGUUUUGGGUUUCAUGAAGCCGAGUCUCACGGAGCACGUCUACGGUAACAACGGUCUUCUAGACCAGCUGGCCGCGCUGCAGUGGAUCAAAGACAACAUAGAAGACCUCAACGGUGACCCCAACUCCGUGACCCUCAUGGGGCAUGGCACCGGCGCCGCCUGCGUCAACUUCCUCAUGCUGUCUCCUAUAUCCAAUGGUCUGUUCCACCGUGCGAUCCUGAUGUCAGGCUCGGCGCUGUCGGACGCGGCCAUGACGCGCGACCCCACGCAGUACACCCUGCAGGUGGCGCAGAGCCUCGGCUGCAGCCCCAGCUCUAAGAACAUGAUGUCCUGUUUGCAGAACAAACCGUUAUCUGAGAUCAAGAAAGUGCAGAUACUAGCUCGGAGGUUCGAGACGCCCCUCGGGCCUGCAGUGGCUGGCUCCUUCAUCCCAAGCGAACCGGCUAACACUAUGGCUUCGUUCCCCAAUCUACUGAGCAAAUAUCAAUUGCUGAGUGGUGUAACAGAACUGGAAAGCUACCACGAUUUUGGUGUAAUCGAACUGGACCACGGCAUUUUGGAAAAUCAGAGGGACGAGUUCAUUACGAAAUUCGUUAAGAUCGUCUUUGAAGGCGCUGAAGAAGAAGCUCUGAAUGAAAUAUUAAAACAAUAUUCUCCAUCAAAGCUGGACCCUCAGCGCUGGAACGUGGAGACCAACCGCGACGUGGUGCUGAACCUCUUCAGCGACGCCCGGACCCUGGCUCCGAUGAUCAACUUCGCCAACUACCAGUCUAAAGCUAACAGGCAGUCAUACUUCUAUGUGUUCGCCCAUAACUCGGUCAGCACGGAUUAUGCGCCUUUAAACAAAAGUGUGCACGGCGAGGAGAUGCCGUACAUCCUGGGAAUACCUCUUGGAGGUGCCAAUACACAUUUUCAUGCUGAAUAUACACAACAAGAGAAGCUGCUUAGUGAAGUUAUGAUGAGGUUGUGGACUAACUUUGUGAAAAACGGUUCCCCAAAUACUCAAAGCGUAAAUGAGUACUUCACUUUCGAUAAGAAACAAUGGAACCAGUAUAACGUUGAAUGGCCCGAAUACAACGUUGCCCAUCAGCCAUAUCUGAGAAUAGAUUUACCUCCUGCUAUUAACAGCUUAUACAGAUCAAACUAUACAAAUUUCUGGAUUGAGACUUUACCGAACAAAAUGAAGAGGUACAUGGUCGACCCCUUGUUUGAGUUUACUCCGAAGGCAACAACUGUGAAGCCUAGACCUGUUCACAGAACAAUCAUAGAUCGCAAUGAUGCAGGACGGAAAACAUAUGUGCCACAAGUAUACAGUCCUUCUCAUUAUAGCUCUGCUUCUACAUAUGGAAAAUUAAGGCCAUACUCCCCACCAGAACCAAAACAGGACACCGAUUCCAUAUAUCGAGAAAUACAGGCAAUAAAAACACCAUCAAGGAAAAUACCUUCUAGUUUUAUGGAGAAAGUUGAUAGAGAAACACAUACAACAGUAAAACCAGUUAUAAAUAUGCCUGUAAAAACCUCUAGUGCAACAGUAACUCUUGUUGUAUCUCUUGCUGUACUCUUUGUGGUGAUUAAUAUAGGAAUUUGUGUAGGCUUGUAUUAUAAAAAAAGAAAAUCCCUAAAUAGAACUACAACGUAUGAAAAUACGCACCAACCCCGUGCUGAAAUAGGAGAAGUGGAUAUGAUAGGCCAAAAAAGUUCUAAAGAUGAUAAAAGCGCGUUACAAACUUUCAAGAACGGUUGUAGUGUUAUAAAGUCCAUAAGUAUUCAUAAAAUGCGAAGUAAUAGUAAAAAAGUUAAAAAGAAAGAGGAAUGCAAAACACCAAAGUCUGAUGAUUCUGGUGGUUUUAGAGAGAGAUUUCAAUUAAGGAGACAUUUAUCUACAAGCACAUUAGAUGCACAUACGAAAGUGAGAGAUUGGAUUGCAAAUGAAGUAAUGCAUCGAUGCUCUCCUAAUAUAUUAAGAAAAUCUAACUCUGAGUUAAAUGAUAAGUCUAUUAUGGGUAUAAAACCUUUUACAAGAUCUGAAGAGUUGCUUUCUGAAAAUAAAAAAGCAACUAAAGGAACUAUUAAAGUUGAUGACUCAAUAUAUCCGAAAAAUCUUCUAGCAAAAAAUUACAGUGGAAAAAACAAAACAUCAGAGAAAACGACAUCGACUUCAGCUUUAGAUUCUCAUUCUUCUUUAGUUAGUAAUAAACAAUCUACAUUGGGCAAACGCACUAAUAAAUCUAGUGACUCUUUAAAAAGCAAAGGUACAGAGAGUGUUAAGUCAAAGAAAGUCUCUGUUGCAAUCGAUGCUACGCCAGCAGCACGAACUAAUUCUAUUUUAAAACAAGAACCUGUAGAACUUUCAAAGUCUAUGGAUGAAAAAGAAUCAACACAUUCCAUGAUGCAAAAGCUUAAAACAGAUGAACCUAUUAAAUCUAGUGACAGUUCUUUAAAUAGAAAAAAAGAAACUAAAGUUUAUACUAACGAGGUAACUUUGUCCUUAGGAAAAAGUACUCCUUUAAAAAUAAAUCAUAAGCAUUCCUCAUCUGAUCCAGUAACAGACGUCAAUUAUGAGCUUCUACAAGAGAAAUUAAAACGUGAAAAUGAAAUAGUGGACAUACUUCCUCCAGUUACAUUUCGAAACGAAGUCAACGUUACUUCUCGUGAAGAUAAGUGUCGAGAACCCUUGUCUGCAGAAGAAGCUUUGUUAACUAUUAAAAGGAGAAAUUUUCCUAAAGUUCUUCCAGAUUUACCAAAAGCACAAAAGAGGUUGUCCCUGCAACCGACAUCUUUACAAAGUUUUCGAGGUUAUACUGGAAUGGGAAGUUUUGAAAAUCCUGACAAAAAAGUUCCACCACAGCCACCACCACGGACUACAACUCUGGACCGAAGGCUUGCAUAUAAAAAUACAAAACCUCUAUCUUCUUUUGAUGUCUCCAAUAUAAAAAAGAUAUCAGAAUCUAGCCCAACUAACAGAAAUUAUGAGAAUAUAGAUAAUUUAAUAAAUAGCUCAGAAAAUAUAAAACAUAAUAAUAAAUCUUUGGAGCCUGUAAAAUCAAGUGAUAGAUCUCAUCAAAUGACUAUAACGCAGACACAAGGUCACAGAGAAUACCCAAAAGUAAUAAUUGCUUCUAGCGAUAUGCCGAGAACCGCAGAAACAUCAAUCAUAAUCAAACCUUCACCAAGUCAAGUUGAAAUAUCAAGCAACGUACCUAGAGUAAGACUUCCGGAUGAUUUUCACACACACGCUUCCGGAUCUAUAACUUCAUUUUCAUCUUUCUGUUCCGAUGAUGAUAUCGAUGAUGUUGACGAUGAUACUUUGCUAGAUGAUUUAGCUGAGGAUAAGUUAAUCCAAGAGCUAGUUGGUGGUAUAGAAUCUCCUACAAGUAUAGAUGUACUGGAUUCAAAAGGACCAGAAACGAUAUUUGAAAAAAAAGUUGAAAUUGUUCCUGUGACAAUAAAUCCAGCUCUAGUUAGAUCAAAAAGUAAAGAUGAUUACGUAUGCAUUACAGAUUUGCUUUUACCUGAUAUGAGCGGUACAGAACCAACGGCUCAAAUUAAGCCUAACUUUGGAUUAAACAAACUUAAGAACAGAAGUGAAAGUAUAAACAAGCCUCCAGAAAAGGCAGUGAAAGUAAAAGCAAAAAAGACAAAAAAUCCCACUGGGCUCUUAAAUAGGGCUACAAAGAGCACAAGUCAUACUAAGAGCAAAAUUGAUUCUAGUAAAUUAGAACAUUCUAAUUCUGGUUCGUCAAAUGAUACUGAAACGAGUACUGGAACUGUUAUUAAUUUAAAGUAAAAAGAUUAUUAUUCUUGUGUAAUAAAUUAAGCAUCAUUAGAAUACGUUUAAUGUUUAUUAUGUUGCAUUUAUAUUAGUUUAGUGAUUUUAUGCUAAUUGUAUAUUAUAAUUAGCCAACUAUACAAGUAUAAUAAUUUUGUAUUUAAGCUUAUUUAUAUUUGAUCCCGGAAAGCUUUAAAAUUUAGUUUUUGGAAAAAUGUUAGGUCAAUAUUUUAUCAAUGGUAAGGUUUGUAAAGUUUGAUUGUGUAAAUGAGUAAAAUUCAUAAAAUGAAGUAAAAUCUAAUUACCAUUACAAUAAUAUAGCGUAGUUACAAAUAAAACAUUCAGCAAAUAAACGAUUUUUUGCUUUAUGAGAUUCUAUAUUUUUUUAUAAUCCAAAUACGAGUAAAACUCGUUUCUCAAAUCUUUACUGCAGUUUUAUUC